UCUAUCUAUCUAUCUAUCUUAUCGCAAGUAGUUGAAGUGUGCCUGUUGCUGCUGCUGUGUUCAUUGUUUCAUUCAUUCAUUCAUUCGAAAUUCUGAAUGGCUCUUUCUUUAGCCAUUAAUCUUCUUCCUCCUGUUCGCGAUAACCUGCGACCCCAACAACCUCUUUCUCCUCAAUUCCAAUUCCGCCCCAACCCAGUCAAAUUCCCGAUACCCUCCACCCGAAUUCGAUGUUCCUCCUCCUCUUUCAAUGACGUUACCCUCAAAACUACUACCGACAACAACAACACUUUCGCUUGUCGCUUUCACACUGCCCAGUUCGGAGUACAGGAAAGCAACAAAUCAUAUGCAGAAGCGUAUGCUGUAGGGAGACACAUUCGUAUGUCUGCUGACAAAGCUCGAAGAGUAAUCGAUCAGAUUCGUGGACGUCCAUACGAGGAAACACUUAUGAUAUUGGAACUCAUGCCUUAUCGAGCCUGUGAACCCAUUAUAAAGAUAGUGUUUUCUGCUGGAGCAAAUGCAAGCAAUAACUUAGGUCUAAGCAAAUCAAGUUUAGUUAUUAGUAAAGCAGAGGUCAACGAAGGGAAAACUUUGAAAAGAAUAAGAGCACGAGCUCAAGGGCGGGCUAACCAAAUUCUAAAGCGCACUUGUCAUAUUACUAUCACAGUAAAAGGUUUACCUAGUGAGUCUGUUGUGGAAGUAAAUCCCUCUUGAUCCUAUUUGAAAAUCAAAAAUAUUUAUCCCUAUUGCGAAUCUCCUCCAAUCAUUACAUUUGAUGGAAAUUUCUGCAUUUUGAUAUUAUGUAGCUCAAUUAAUACUGUGACUUCUGCAUGAGUGUUGAGAAUCUUUUAAGUGUACCACUAUGUAGAGCUAUUUGAAUAUUCAUGAAAUGUUUUAGCAUUGAUAUUUGAAAUUAAUUUACUUUAGUUAAAAA